AUGGCCCCGAAAGAGGAUAUGCUGCCCCCUGGCUGGGAGGAUCUAGACAGGCAGAUGGGGCAGCUCUUCAUGAUGGGCUUCGACGGGACGUCAGUCAACCCUCAAAUUCGCUCUCUUAUCGAGAAUUACCAUCUGGGCUCAGUUCUGUUAACAGCCAAGAACUUAAAAUCUGCGGAAGAGGCAACGCGGCUGGUCCUUGAACUACAAACAAUCGCCCGAGAUGCUGGCCAUCCCGUGCCUUUACUUAUCGCCUUGGAUCAGGAAAACGGCGGCGUGAAUAGCCUGUACGAUGAAAUCUACAUUCGACAGUUCCCCAGCGCAAUGGGAAUCGCAGCAACCGGCUCAAAGUCAUUGGCUCAUGAUGUCGCUUACGCUACGGCCCAAGAACUCAAAGCCGUAGGGGUCAACUGGAUCCUGGGCCCUGUACUAGACGUGUUGACUAACGUACGAACCCAGCCUUUGGGCGCUCGCACUACCGGCGAUGAUCCCCAGGAGGUUUCGCAAUAUGGCGUUGAGUUCAUGAAAGGCUACAAAAAAGCAGGAUUAGUGACUUGUGGCAAACAUUUUCCGUCCUAUGGUAACCUUGAAUUCCUCGGAUCUCAAGCAGACGUUCCCAUCAUCACCGAGUCGUUGGAACAGCUCAGCUUGACAGCGCUGGUCCCAUUCCGCAAUGCAAUAGUCCACGGUUUAGAUUCGAUGAUGGUGGGAGGUGUCUCUAUGUCGUCUGCUGGCGUAAAUGUCAUGCAUGCUUGUUUAAGUGAGCAGGUAGUCGAUGAUUUGCUGCGGAAAGAUCUGAAAUUCAAUGGUGUGGUGGUUUCUGAGUGUUUAGAGAUGGAGGCUCUCACUCACAAUAUCGGUGUCGGCGGCGGAACAGUGAUGGCGAAGAAUGCGGGCUGCGAUAUCAUCCUCUUGUGCAGAUCCUUUCCGGUGCAACAGGAGGCGAUCAAUGGUUUGAAGCUCGGGGUGGAGAAUGGCAUCAUUGGUCGGGCUCGCAUAGAGCAAUCUUUGCGCAGGGUUCUGAAGAUGAAGGCGAAAUGCACCUCUUGGGAGCAAGCCCUGAACCCGCCGGGGCUGCCAUCUCUAAUGCAGAUGCAACCAUCUCAUACCAGCCUCUCCAAAAGGGCUUAUAACAGCUCUAUUUCAGUUGUACGUGAUAAGCAGAAUCUGCUUCCGCUGUCCAACAUCAUUGAGCCUAAUGAGGAAUUGCUACUUUUGACUCCGUUAGUCAAGCCAUUGCCCGCAUCUGCAGUCUCUCGUUCGGUGACGGAGCACAUGAAUCUCUCUCUCGACCCGAUUGCUUCAGAUAGAACCGCCUCUGUGCUGAGCGGUGAGAGUGUCUUCAAGGAACUAGGGCGUUCUCUCUCGCGUCAAAGAAGUGGCCGCGUUCUACAUACAUCUUACACGGCGAAUGGCGUCCGACCAAUUCACGAAAAUUUGAUAGAUCGAGCUAGUGCCGUCAUUGUCGUCACCGCAGAUGCAAACAGGAACCUAUACCAGCAUGGCUUUACGAAACAUGUCUCUCUAAUCUGUAGGUCUCAGUUUACUCCAUCGGGAGAGCCGCGAGAGAAGCCUAUGAUCGUCAUCGCCGCUAGUUCCCCCUAUGAUUUUGCCAUGGAUACGUCCAUUGGUACCUAUGUCUGCACUUAUGAUUUCACAGAAACCGCUUUGGAGGCGUUGGUCAAAGUUCUCUAUGGAGAAUUGACACCAAAAGGCUCAUUGCCGGGUUCUAUCAGCCGCAGCCAGAAGCUCCAUCAAGCGCGGCAGCACUGGCUUGUGGAAAAUUGGAAUGAAGAGAGAGAUGCUCAAUCCUUGGAGACUUUACUUGAUGCAGUCAGAGCGGAUUGCCCGCAGGGUCAGCGUUCUGAGCUGCUAGGUGUGACAUCCAGCAGCUUCUUAUUACGAAGAGAAGAAAUUGAUGAGGCGCAUUUUGUUGUACGAAACAGCAGUACACAGGCUUUGUACGGAUUUUGCUCGACUUAUUUCUUUAGGUCGACGGGCACAGGCGUUAUUGGAUCUUUGAUUGUUGAUCCUGCAAGACGGAAAUUGUCGAUUGGGAACUCGCUGCACAACCGCGCAAUCCGAACACUUCUUCAGCGAAAGGGAAUGAGGAGGUUUCAGCUGGGUUCCCGACUUCCAGGCAUAUACCUAGGCAUUCCGUCUUCUAAUCCAGUGGAGCGUAAGAGGUUACGCCAGUGGUUUGCCAACUUGGGCUGGAACACUGCCCUUUCGCGACCAGUUUGCAGUGUGGUGCUGCGAAAUCUUCCAACAUGGACGCCCCCUGAUGGCCUCGUACAGGGAUUGAAAAAUGCUGACGUCUGUUACGACCUUGUUCAUGGAUGGGAUUACGCGGAGCCUAUCCUUGAUCACAUCAAGACGAAUUCUCGACAAGGUCUGAUUGAUAUAUACAAGAUCGCUUUGGGAGGAGCACCAAACUGUGGCAUAAUCAGGGCCACGCGGCCGAGCGAUGGGGCAAUUUUGGGUACUGUGGUGAUAUACAACGGACGAUCCCCAUUGGCAGAGUACAUGCCUGUGCUGAGAGCCACACAAUCGUCGAGCGGAGGCAUAUCGUCCCCAGUGAUCUCUCCGUCUGUUGGCGAGUAUGCUACGGUGAUGCAGGGGCUCAUAUUGCUGGGCAUCAAGCAAACUCGGAGACAAGGUGCAGAGGCCGUUGUCAUUGACUGCGUUGAUGGCGACAGCAAUUUCGAUUGUUUGUCUGGAAUGGGCUUCAGCAUGCUGCAUAGCUUCGAGGAAGUGAACUGCGAUGCAGCAACCUGGACCAUGAUGCCACCGACGUGA